ACGUUUUUCACCAUACCAUAACAGGAAAAUCGAAGAGCGACGGCAUAUCGGCGCAAUCAUUUAUAAACAAGUUUGUUUUGAAACAACAAAUACCACCGUGAAAGGCGUGAAAACUAAGACUGUGGUCAAUCAACCUACCUAACGUUAUAUUUGAAAACAACUCAACAGAAAGAAGAUGGAGAUGAAUGAUCUUAACCAUGUGUUGGAUUCUCUGGCUGAUUGGAAACAUAUUAUAGUACGAGCUGAUUCCUGGUUACGAUGGGAAGAAGAUUCCUACCCUUACAUCAUGUGUGCUUCUAUUACUCUAUUCUAUAUCUUGAUGUGGUUGAUCCAGCCAACUCUCCUCACCACCGUGUCUCUUAUCAUCAUGAUAGUGUGCCUUCUAGAUUUCCUGGUACCGAGUGUCUUCAAGGAGUACUUCAGUAAACAAGCAUGGUCAGAAUACAAUCAGAGGAGAUAUGAAAAAUGUUGCAGUACUCUGCUUAACAUACAGAAUGCGACCACAUCCACUGUGAGAUGGAUUCUGAACCUAAGAGAAAAGAAGCCAAAAUAUUAUUUUUUGGGAGCCUCAGUGAUACUCCUAACCAUUGCAUUCGUAGGCAAUUCCAUACCAGGUCUCUUCCUUGCAUAUUUAUCAACUCUGUUUAUUGCUCUCCUUCCUGGUCUGAUGUACUAUGGAAUCCUAGCUUCAUGGUAUGCUAUGGUGCUUGAGGUAUUCGUCAAUCUACUCAAAGGGCACAAAAAGAAAGAUUAAUUUCUCUCAAGUCUGCAUACGUGUAAUUUGAGCUCCUGGUAGACAAUUUUGUUAAACUGUGUUUGUCAGUACAUGAUGUGCACGAUCAAAGACUAGUUGGAAUAAAUUUACUCUUCACAGCCACCAUGACCAGUGAUAUUUGGAAACCAUGUUUGUCAGGAGCACUCGUGAUCCACAGAAAGGAUUCAUUCCUUGUGAACCUUCACAGGUGUAGUUGCGGUACCUGGAUGUUUGGGGAGUUUUUCAUGACACAAAAUAGUUGUUAAUUUUCAUUGAAUAUUUUGAUAAGCUAAUGCAAAUCAUAAUUUGUAAACCAAUUUUCGGCAUUACUCCUAUGUGUUUAAGAUCACAUGCU